AUGGCAGCCUUUGUAAUGGCAUACAGCUUCACAGAACAGAAACCAGCCAAUGAUAAUGAUGACGACGACGACAACGAUGAUGAUGAUGAUGAUGAUGAUGAUGAUGAUGAUGACACUAAUGAUGCAGCUCCUGCAAUGGUGCCAAUGGCUGACAUACUCAAUCACAUAACCAACAAUAAUGCACACUUAGAGUUUGGUGCUAAAACAUUAUCUAUGGUAGCAACACAAAAUAUUUUUAAGGUACAGUGUUUAAUUCUUGAUAUUAGUCUAUUUAAAGUGGGGUUAUAAAAAUUAAAGGAUACAGUUGACUCUCUCUCUCAACAGACACUUCUAUAAGAUGAACACCUCAGUUAAACGGACAUCUAGUGAUAGCAUCUUAGAGAGAGGUGACUGUAUUAGAGACUGACUAUGGUACUAUUGUAUUAGAGGAAAUGACACAGUUUUCUUGUAAACAGCAUUAUGUCAAAUUGACUUGAAGAAUAUAAUUUGAACUGAAGGAAAAAUGCCAAUCUACCAUACAUGUUCUGAUCACUUACACUGUAAUUUCCUAAAUUGCCUUUCAUUCCUUUUAGGGACAAGAGAUUUUUAACACAUAUGGCAAACUUGCAAACUGCCACUUGCUUCAGUCCUAUGGUUUUGUGGAAGAUGAAUUACCAAAUCCUUAUGAUAUGGUAUGGUGAUAAUAACACAAAAAUAUAUUCAGUUGCUAAUGUAUUUAUCAUAAUAAUAUUAUUACAGUGAAAGCUGCAAACAUGCCCGGGGAGGGGUACUGCUAUAUAUGGGUAUGGUUUUCAAGCAGUUUACUCUGGGAUAGGGUAUAUAAAUCAGAGAGUUGGGGUCUAGAACAGGGUAUCAUUUUCAAGGAAACUGAUCAAUAAUUGGUUGAAGAUGUAAGUCUAGACUAGGGAAACCGGGAAUUGCCACUCAAAAGUAUAAAAAAUCAGAUCGGUUUUGUUUUGGCUGGACUGUGCUAUAAAGUAACCUAGGUAGUUUCUGGAAAACAGCUACUCUAGGAUAGGGGGGAGAUUUAACAUUACAUAACAUAACUUGGGGAGUUUAGUCUAGUAUAGGGUAGUAAAAAUCAGCUGAACUAGCUCUAGUAUAGGCUUAGAGUUCCAGGGUAUCAGAGACACAUCCCCACCCAAAAAUUCCUAAAGUCUCCCCCCCCCCUGUUAAAAAUGACCCUUGGUCCCUAUUAAUUUGGUGGUUAAUGGUUGCCUUUGCAAUGCAAGUUUGUACAGAAGUAUUUUAAAAACCUUUUGUUUAAAGUACACUAUUCUGCCGUCUUAACAAGAAAAAGACUAUAAUAUUACAGAGAUAAUUAUUGUGCCAGUAUAUGCAAUCUAUACAGUAAAAUAUAACUUAAAAAGCAACCUGCAGAGACAGUCCACUGAACAAGGAAGCUUUUUUUCCAUGGAUAUACAUUCCAACAAGUAGACUGUAAAGAUCUGUUUGCAUAUUUUAUGAUUAUAUGCAUUGAAUGUUAUUGACUGACUGUUGUUUUUCCAUUCUCUAAAAAAGGUUGAGGUUCCCAUCGGCUCAUUUUGUGAGGUAAUGAAAGCAUGCCAACCCCCAAAGGAAACAAGAUUUGUGGAUGCUAAGUUUAAAUUUCUGGAGGAAAUGGUUAGCAUAUUGCAAUACUCAUUAUACUGAUAUUUUAAUAAUUUAAUAGACAAGUGUCAAUAGUUUAUUUUAAAGUGACAGGGGAGCAAAUCUCAUUGGUAGGAGACAUCGAUCUUGAAGCAAACUUCAUGACUGGAAAUGUCUCGAUUGCAGGUGGAGAAGGGAGGAGGGGAAGGUAGAUAGAGAGAGAAUUGCAAGGCUAAGUACUUUGCAGAACAGCCAAAUAGUACAUUUUACUUCACUGUACAUCAAUUGCAUGAGUGGAAACAUGGAGGCUCUAUUUUCCGCAGUCCUCUUGGCAUGGAAAAAUGCCAACUUCUACUCCUUUUGUUUGUCUUUUGUUUGACUGACAAUUACUUAUCUAUUUUUGGUUUGAUAUAAAAUAUGCAAUUUCCCCCUCCUUAUUUAAUAUUAAAAUAGGCGAUUUCCUUUCCCUUGAUAUACUUGUAAAUGAGCCUUGUCUCUCCUUGGGUUUUCAUUUUUAGGGUGUGGCAUCAGAGGAUGACAUUUUCCUUUUCGGAAGAGAGGGUUGUUCUCAGUUUGGUCCAGAUUUGUAUGCUACUUUGAGGGUAAGAAAUGUCAGUGUUAGUGUUGACUCUGACUCGACCCUAGUUUUAUUUUAAAUGCACGUGGUGCAAGAGCUGAAGUUUGAUUGGUAGAAGAAAAGUAUACUGGAAGGGUCUUCUCAUCAUCUUUCCCUCCCCAUCACCCAAUUUUCUUUCUCACCACUUUGCGUUCUUGCAUCACGCGCGUUUUGAAGACAUCUGAGGACGAGUAAGGUUGUAAACUAACAUUGUACUACAUAGUGAACACGUAAAUUUUUUGUAACAUUCCAUGGAAAAAACGUUCACUUAUGUGCAUCUGUCACAUGGAAGAAUUAACAGCUCCAGUAUGCAAUAUUAUAUAAACCUAGCAAAACCCACAAUUGGGUUGCAAUUCCUCAGUGGAUUCCCUGUGACGAAAACUAGCGCUCCAAUUGUCAGCCUUCGAAUCUUUUUACGUUAAUAAAUUCAUGCUUAAUCAACUGAGUUCAAAAAAACAUUGAUGUUUUACACCCCACCAACCUCGUACCACAGUUUUCUUUUGAAACAGAACCUCUCAUCAUUGAAUCACCGAGAUGGUCAACCUGUCAGUCAGCCAGCCAGCUACAAUGUAGCUAAAUCAUCAUCAUCGUUCGGCCCUUUCCUUCGGGAUGCUUUGAACAAUGAAGAAAAUAAACAUGGCCACUUUUUUUCAUAGGAGAAGGGAUCGAAUAAUCUCAUUCUUUGCUCGUUAGUCAGCUGUAGCCAGUAAGUCAGUCCGUGAAUGAACCCUUUGACCAAUCUUGCUUGCGUUUAUUUCUGUCGGCCAGUGAACCAGUGAAGUCAGUUACUCGAUCGAAGGACUCCAUGCAAAAAAGGUCGGAUCAAUUUAGGUAUCAGGGAAACUGCCGACCUACCCCUCCCUUAAGCCAACGUUUAUACUUACCUCUCACUUAGAGCAAAAUGUUGGCUUAGGGGAGGGGUAGGUCGGCAGUUUCCCAGAAACCUAAAUUGAUCCAAAUGGUCUCCUCCAAAAAGGAAACGAGGGGAAGGGGACUUUCGCGCUCUUUCCACUCUAGAAAAGAACGCCUGAUCGCAGGUUAGGGACGUUUUUGUAUGUAGCCGUUCGACUGAUCAACUGACUUUCUCUGUUGGUCAUCCCAUCUUAGAGGUAUGUACCAGUAAAUUUUUCUUGAUUACCUCUGGCUGAAUCAUUACCUAACUUUCUUCAAAUGUGUUUGCAGAUCUUACAUUUGUCUGAAGUUCAGUUCAAGAAGCUUCUAGAGGAGCAAUUGCAAAGGGAAAGGAGCAACGAAUUUGAUGACAUCAGGCAGGUCUUGGAUCAACAGAACGAGGACAGCAGAAAGGACUCUAGUUGGAGAAUAUUGGAACUUAUUUUUAAUUCCGAAAAUAUGAGAAAGAGAAGGGGAGUGGAUAAUGAGAAAUCAGAGAAAAAUAAGAAGUCUAGAAAGGGCCUGCUUGCGUCUGGAGAUUGCAACCUCGAAGUAGUUUCAGAAAAUAAUUCUCUGAGUAAAAAUGAUAGUGAGAAUGGCUCAGUAAACGGUCUUGCAGAAAGUGGGAUUCUUAAAAAGGACAUGAUCCUCUCAACCAACAAAGCAGUCAUUAGGCCUGCUGUGGACGGGAAUUUGACAGAGUCAAAAACAGAGAAUGUGACUAGCUGUAAGUCUACCAAAAAUGGUCGUGCAAAAGAAGGAUUAGAGUCCUGCAACAGAGAGAGAGCUGGUAAUGGUCACGUUGUGAAAAAUGUUAGAGGGGACUAUGACGUUGAUGAAGUUGAUGAUUACAUGGAUGAUGGUGAUGAUGAUGAUGAUGACGACAAAGAUGCUGCUGAUGAUGAUGGUUGUGGUGGUGGUGGUGGUGGUAAUGGUGAUGAAGAUGAUGAUGAUGAUGACGAUGAAGAUGACGACGACGACGAUGAUGAUGAUAAUGAGGUCGAGGAGGAGCAGGAAGACGAAGUUGAAGAAGAAGAGGGGGACGAGGAGGAAUCUGAGCAACCACUUACUUAUGGUAAGUAAGAAAGCUCCACAAGCAACACCAACGACAACAUUCUCAUUGAACGAAUGUCUAAGAAGGAUCACCUUUCAUUUUCACCUCUUACCUCUUAUUCACAGUGAAAAAGCGUUAUACGCUGAAACGUCUGUUUUUACAAAAAUUUAUUGCACUAAUUGAUGUUGUGUUUUACUUUACCAAUCGUAUCAGUUAUCUUAGUGCAACUGUCACGGAUUGUGGACUAGUGGACUGUGGAUAACUUAAGCGCCAUGGCUAAGGAAACACGUGCACUGCGGAAACCGGUUCCCUUGUCAGUGUCCGAGUUAAAGGUGUCGAGCUUGAGAAAAAAAAGUGUCCGAGUUCCCGUAAGCAAUCAGAAAAUUAUGGCAUUUUUGGGUGGUCGCUUCAGGAAAAAAAAACUUUUUAAAUUCCAAGAGUGACCAACAUCAGUUUUCUCCUAAAACUGAAUAUCCUUACACCAUCAAGAGAAGAGGUCACGAAAUUUAAUGAAAUCAACACCGUUAACCCUUUCACUGCCAGAGUGUUUGAUGGAGUUUUGUAAGAUGACUCUAACUUUUGAGUCUGUGGACGAAAUCCUAUGAUGUGACCAUUUAAAUGAAACCUCUCUGCCUGUACUUACACAUAGUGCUAUUCGUUUUUCAAAAUUUUACAAAAUGAAAUUUGGAAAUCUGGUCGAAAUUUGCCUUUGGCUAAAUUUGGCAUUGAAAGGGUUAAAGAGGAAAUGCUUGGAUCCUUUUUCAAAUUUUCCCAACUAUUUUUUUUUUCGAAGGAAAUGUUUGGAAAGUACAAGUAAAUAGAAUCAGUGCGACAUCAAUUGCUUUCAAUCCAAAAAUCUCAAUUAAAACCAGUUAUAACUCACUUUCGUUGUAUUUAUUUUCUUUCACAGAAUUAUUGUCACAGUGGCCAAUAGAAUGGAGAAGGACACUGAAACGGUAAGACUUGCUAAAGUAGAAACGUUACUAUCCUGUUUUUAUUACGUACAAAGAACCAGCUACUAUGAUAUGAAAGUUGUUAGUAAGAACAGAGCAAAAGCACCCCAAGCACAGGAAUGAGAAUUGUUUUUGUCGAACAUCAAAAUAUGUAGGGCUUGUAAAGGGGUACUAGUUACCACUAUAAGGGAUUCAAAAACAGUACGGUAAAUCCUUUAUCAAGCCCCCCGGGGGGCUUAACUUAUUUAAUUUAACGAAAUGCAUCAACGGGAGCAAGGUUUCUCGAGGACGGACUUGUGGUAACCGGGCGCUAUACUGCUUUUUCUAACAAUAAGAAAAUGGUAACAAUUCUCCACAGAGAACUAGAGCAUAAAGUUGAAAACGUUCAGCACAUGAAGUUGGAAGUCAUGCGGCCGAAGACCAAAAACAAUAUGAGUUUCCACCCUGAAUAAACCAUAACUGAUCAGUCCACGUUACUUGUUUGUGAAGAAUAAGGAUGGAGGGGAGGGGGAGGGGGAGGAGGGGCUUAAUAGAAAAGGGGGCUUAUUAACUUUCCUCCUCUGAAAAGGGGGAGGGGGGGCUUAUUAGAGGUGGGGGCUUAUUUGAGAGGGGGGGCUUAAUAGAGGAUUUUUGGUAAUAAAUAGGCAGCAGAAUUUGUUACCUUGUUGCGAUUCCAGCGAGCUCUAGUUGUCCCGUUGCUCCCUCCAUAUAGUGAGAAUACGGCGCAACUAAGAUUUGCUGGAAUCGCUCUGAAACAGCCCGGAAAAAAUACACAUGGAGACAAGGCAAGAAAUUCUUCUUCCUUUUUGUCACCUUUUUUGGCUUCUAAGUAGUGAUCGCUAUAGUCUCCAUACAAACCCUUAUAAUAACGCAACUACAAAUCUCACUCGUAAGUUUGGGAUUCCUGUGGAAAGAGCCGGCAUUGAUCGAGGGUAUUUGAAGCAUGAUGAUGAUGACGAUGAUACUUAAAGCCCACACCCUUAAUAGUGGAACAUGAUCUCAUAGCUUAGAAACCAGUAUAAGAGAAACGCCUUCCCCCUCCUCCCAGAUAUUAGGGACCUUUCGAUUCUAAGACGAGAACAACUUCGAGUAAGAGAUUUUCUCAAUACUAAGUAGUGCGCUCGCGUGAAUCAGCAUCAUUUUGGCGGCAAAACGCGAUGGCCGUCGUCAUUCUACUAUUAGUUUUACAUGUUUUAGCGAGGAUGUCAUAAUGACGAAAACAAGUUAUUAAAUGUUUAAAAAGUUUUAUCAUCUUAUGAUUGGGAGGGGGCUUAACGUCCUCCAAUAAAGGUUAGAGUGCCAGCUUUUCAGGUGAAAAAAAAGUACAAUGAAGCAUGCCGGGGUGUUUGGUGUUUUUUGACAAUACGCGAAAAAACUGUCAGUCAAAUCUCGUAGUCGUGCUUGUCCUCAAAUCUAAAGGUCUCCAUCACUUCUCACUCUACAACUUUUAGUAUCAUUUCCUUAUAUUACUGUAUGUGCUUUUUCUUACCACAGUGUGGCAGAGUUAUCUAUAAAGAAACGUUAUAGACAAGACAAUAUGGAUUUGGAUUGCCAAGGAGAAAAGCAGCUAAGUAAAAGACAAUUGUCCGUCUUAAAAAUCAAGCGGGGUCAAAAAUCUAUAUUUCAACGAAUUUGUGAACUUGUUGUCGAAAAUUAA